AUGACAUUAUUAACAGCAGAAAGAUUGGUUAGAUUAGCUUACAAAUAUCCAAGUUUAUCUAAUACUUGGUAUUUAAUUGCCACUGCUUGUUUGACAGUGAUAAAUCAACCUGAUGAAAUCCCCAAAUUAUAUCAUUUUGCCUUGCGUCAACAAUUAUUACAAGAUCCUACUUCUUCUUCAUCAUCAUCUACAACAUCUACUUCAUCAUUAUUAACUGAUAAAUAUUUAAUUCAAUUAGCUAAAGAUUCAAUUGAUUCUGCCAAAAAAUAUCAAGAUUUAACUGCUGUAGGAAUAAAUUUACCUGAUAUAUUAAUUCCUAAUACUUAUUAUCAAAAUUUACCAUUAAAUUUCAAAUUUUCUAAAAAUGAAGAUAUUUUCAAUUUUCAAGAUAAAUUAACUGCUAGAUUUAGAGAAGUUAUUUUGAAAAGUAUUGCAUUAAUUGGAUUACCUAAAGUAAUUAAUUCUUUAAUGAUAUUAAAAACUGUUACACCAACAAAUUUAAAAUCAGGAAAUAUUCCUGAAAGAUCUUGUAUUGUUAAUCCUGGUCAUAUACCUUCAGCUUCAAUUUUAAGUGAAGAUGUAAAUGGAACAAAAUUUGAUGAUAAUAAAAUUAAAUUUAAAGAAAAUUUAUUAUUAUCAUCAUCAUCAUCAUCAUCAUCAUCAUCAUCAGUAGAUACAAUUGAUGGACCAAUAUCUCAAUCAUCAAUUAAUAUUAAACAAAUUGAAUCAGAUUUAAUUCGAGGAUCUAAUUUUUGGAAUUCAAUUUAUCAAAAUAAAAUUAAUACAAGAAUUAAAAAUCAAAUGUUUAAUGCUUAUCCUGAUUUAUGGUAUUUUACUUAUCAUCAUAUUUAUUCUCCAUUAUUAAGUUUUAUUGAUAUUAUUAAUGCUAAAGAAACUUCAAUGUGUGUUGUUGCUUGUUUAAUUCCUCAAGAUGUAAAUCCUCAAUUAAAAGGUCAUUUGAAAGGAGCUUUGAAUAAUGGUAACACUAAAGAAGAAUUAAAUGAUGUUAGAUCUUUAGUGUUUGAUCUUUGUGAUUGGAAAGGAGGAAUUACAUGGAAAGGAGGUAAAGAAAGUGUAGCAAAAUUAUAA